AUGGCCCUUAGUCGUGGUGAUAGCGAUUCUGAUUGCAAGACUGCCUUUGCUGAAGAAGAUCUGAGCCAUCAGGUUGUUCAGGUUGAGGCUGUCCCCACAGAGCAUCUAAAGGCCUUUGAUGAUGAAAUCAAUGCUUUUUUGGACACUAUGUUUGGACCUCGAGAUUCUCGAGUCAGAGGAUGGUUCAUGUUGGACUCUUACCUUCCUACCUUUUUUCUUACUGUCAUAUAUCUGCUUUCAAUAUGGCUGGGUAACAAAUGUAUGAGGAACAGACCUGCUCUUUCCCUCAGGGGUACCCUCACGUUGUAUAAUCUCGGAAUCACUCUUCUCUCCCUAUAUAUGCUGGUAGAGCUUAUUCUCUCCAGUUGGGAAGGAGGCUACAACUUACAGUGUCAAGAUCUUGCCAGUGCAGGGGAAGCCGAUAUUCGGGUCGCCAAGGUGCUAUGGUGGUACUACUUCUCCAAAUUAAUAGAGUUCCUGGACACAAUUUUCUUUGUUUUGCGGAAAAAAACCGGUCAGAUUACUUUUCUUCAUGUAUACCAUCAUGCCUCUAUGUUCAACAUCUGGUGGUGUGUUUUGAACUGGAUACCUUGUGGGCAAAGUUUCUUUGGACCCACACUGAACAGUUUUAUCCACAUUCUCAUGUACUCCUACUACGGCCUUUCUGUGUUUCCCUCGAUGCACAAGUACCUUUGGUGGAAGAAGUACCUCACUCAGGCUCAGCUGGUGCAGUUCGUGCUCACCAUCACGCACACCAUGAGUGCUGUCGUGAAACCGUGCGGCUUCCCCUUCGGCUGUCUCAUCUUCCAGUCUUCGUACAUGCUUACAUUAGUGAUCCUAUUCUUAAAUUUUUAUGUUCAGACAUACCGAAAAAAGCCAAUGAAGAAAGGUAUGGAAGAGCCACCUGCAGGAAAAGAAGUGAAGAAUGGUUUUUCCAAAGCCUACUUCACUGCAGCUAACGGAGUGAUAAACAAGAAAGCCCAGUAGACGUCGAGGAGCAGACAAAGCAUAUAGAAUAGCCUAACAGAUUCGCUUGUUCUAAAGCAAAGACUGAUUUGAAAGUUAUAUAUGUUUUAACAUAAACUAAUUUCUUUUGAGUUUAUAAAUCAUUUGUACCCGGAAUGUGUUAAUAUAUUGCUAUUAGGUUAAUCUGUUAACUGAAUGCUUCCGUCAGCAUUGAGGUGAGGCUGAACUCUGCAGACCUCAGAACCGGUGCAACUUCUCUCUCCUCCCCUCCUCCCCAGACUCAACCCUCCCCAGAAACUGUCGUCAUAACGCCUUAUACACAGACAAAGCCAGGAAACAUAGAAUGUUGUUUUUCACAGCAAGUCUUCAAAUAAAAAGUUAGAGUUUUGUUCAGAUUAAAAUGUUUAAAACAAAAUGUUAAUUGUCUUCUAAGUACAGGGUAUGUUCUAAUCUCUAUUAAGCAAUAAUUGUCAGUGCGUAAAGUAAUCAAUCAUCCAUUUGUUCCUUUAGGAAUCAACUCCAGAAAAUAUUAACAUGAGAUCAUAAAUGGGAGAUCUAGCAAAACUUUUCUCUCUUAAGUUAGAGUCUGUCUGUCAAAUUCCCACAACUACUCUUAAUUCUCAACUUAGUGAUAUGGUAAUGAAAUGUGUAUUUUUUAUUUUGAAGAUUAGUUUUUUUUAAGAAGAAAGAAAAUCUUCUGCCAAACCCUCAUAGCUCAGGGGCUUUGGAUAGGAGUUGUUUCUCAGUUUUAAUUUGGUUUCCUUAAUUAUUCACAUAUUCAUGUCUACCUCCCCCGUUAAGUUACCCUAUGUUAGGAUAUAGACAGACACAACACUCAGUAUUAAAAGCAGGAUCUAAAUCUGGAUGCUCAUUUCCUUUCUGAACAGGAACUUGAGUCCAGUCUGCCCUUUUCCUUAGAAUGAUAUACUGCUGGAAUAUUUAUAAAUCAGAAUUAACAGAGCAGUGGGGGGUGCAAAAUAGACAUUGAAUUUGUCAACUAUUUCUUGUGAGCCUACUUCUGAGUAUUAUCCCCAAAUACCUGCUAUCACUUUGCAGGUUAAGCUUUUGAAAAUAGGAAGAAAAAGAUGGAGGACUAUGAAAAGAUUCCCACACUGAGCCAUGGCCUGGUCAAGAGCCAUGAUUAAAAGUCAUUUGGCAAACCCAGCACACCUUUCUCUGCUAAAAUAAUGCAGUCUCUACUGAGAGAACCCAGCACAAGAGCAGAGGAAGGCGUUCAUGAAGAUUUCCCUUCCCCCUCAGUGUGGGACUGUUAUUUACUAUUAAAUUGUACCAAGAAUGGGAACAAUAUUUUCUAAAGAUUUGAUGUUUUAUACCCGAUAAAACAAGACUUGCCAACUUGGACACUUGAUCUUCUUUCCUACUUUCUUCUUUUUAAAGUUAAGUUUUUAGGUCAUAAUGUUGACAUCAAAUGCUUAAGUGCCAGAAAGGCGUUUUCACAUUACCCCAACACAUUACAGUCUGUUUGGACUGCCUUUCUGUCUUUGUGCCAUUUUUUUCCUGAGCUCCAGUUUUUAAAUUAUUUUUCCUGUUUUUUUUUUUAAAAAAAAAACAAAAAACAUUGACUUUUGUUCUGACAUGGUACUGACUCUGCUAACUUCUCUUUCAUGUCAGCUCCCCCCUCGGGAUUCUGGCC